GAGAGGAACCAUUUGUUUUUUUUUUGCUGCGCGUUAUUAAAAAUAGGCACACCCCGUAUUGGCAAUGAGAGUGUACUAGCGUGGCAUUUGUCUUUUUGUUUGUUGUCUGCUUGUUUGAAAAGUGAUUACGUUGUCUUCUAUUCGAGUUGAUUGUUCUCCAUCAACAAGCGUCUUCCAACGAAAACAAGCGGCAGUUGGCAAGCAAUUACAGCUGAAGGCAAAGUCAUGGAUCUGUCAUCGCAUCGUAACAGCGGCCAUCAAGUCCCCAGCGGAGACGGAAGCGGCGCAAGUGGCGCAACCGGUCCCGGAUCAGGAGCUAAUGGCAUGAUGAGCCCUCAUGGCUUCUUUGCCGGACUUGCUGGACACAUGGGUUCACCGCAUCAACACCACGGCCAUCACCAACAGCAUCACGGCCAACACCAUGCCGGUCAUCAUCAUCACCAUCACGGAGGGAUUCCUCCGACGGCGGCAGCGGCCGCGGCCGCUAUGCUCCUCCGCGCAUCCGAGCGCUACCAGCGGACGCCCAAGUGCGCUAGGUGUCGUAAUCACGGGGUCGUCUCUGCUCUGAAAGGACACAAACGCUACUGUCGCUGGCGUGAUUGUGCAUGCGCUAAAUGCACUCUCAUAGCCGAAAGGCAGCGCGUUAUGGCCGCUCAGGUGGCUCUCCGCAGGCAACAAGCCCAGGAGGAGAACGAGGCUCGAGAAUUAGGGCUGCUCUAUACUGUCCCUUCAGGCGGGAUAAAUAACAUGAGCCAACAAGCUGGUUCACAAGGUCCGACCGGUCAAGAAUCUCCUAGUCGCUCGAUGAGCGAUCGGAGCGGAAGCGGUGGGAAAUCCGCCAAUAGAGGAGAACCCAUUUGCGACUCGUCUGCCAAUAACGGCUACGAAAGCAGCGUGAAAAGAUUGAACUUUUCUGGCCGUGAAGCUGGCCAACAUCCGCCUGGAUCGUUAUCUUUGAACUGUACGACCGCAAACGAACGAGACGAAUCGCCACAUUAUCAUUCUUUCGUGAACAGAAAGGGCGAGGGUUUGCUAGGACCUGUCGAACCCAUUUCUCCUGGAACCAACAGAGCCUCUAAGAUGAGCAAUAACAGCAUGUCGCCCAAGAGUCCGCUUUUGAUGGAUUCGGAUUCGGACGAUGCGGGAGAUUCCGACAACCACAGCCAUCCAACAGACGAACCGGAAUUACCAUCUGAUAGGACGAAAUUCGAUCUUCCCGAUGUGGACGAUAACGCUUCAGCGCUGGAUGCGACUAGUGGGGGCGGCGGAGGUAGCGAGCCGGAAGCAGCAAGUAAAAGAGCACCGUUGGACACUCUCGCCAGACUUUUCCCGCAGACUAAACGAGCCACGCUCAAGUCUACUCUGGAUAGAUGUGAUGGAGAUGUACUGCGGGCCAUCGAACAGCUCGUCUACCACAACAACAAUCCGCAGCCGGACAUCAACAACACGUUAACUACUAACGCGGUGAACGCGGAAGGACCUCCGGCUGGAAAUCAUCAACAUAAACGCAAAUCGUUACAACAUUCGUCAUCUGGAACGCGAGAAAAGCAGAUGCCGCGAUACAAUCACCAUCAGCACCAUCUUCAUCAGCAAGCGGAAGCGUCUCUGCAAUGGAAGAAUUGCCUAUCGGCAGUCGGAAGCGGUUUCCCCAAUGCUGGAAGUAUGACCGGAUCUUCGUCCCGACCUCCAAUGUUUCCCAUACAAUCCAGCUACUUCCCCGCAGCUUUUGGCUACGGAGCGUCUAGUUUUUUGGCCGGGAGUUUCCUCCGGCCGGAUUACCCCGUAUUUCCUGGAAUGAACCUACUGGCAGCGGCUGGCGGAUCGGCCCAAUCCGCACCGCUGGAGCCAAUGAACCCGGCGGGGUAUGCGGCCUAUCAUUCGACCCCCAACAUCGUCCUACACCACACGAGCCCUGGCAGCGGCGGAGGCGCAGGAGGCGUCGUCAAACAGGAGAACGAGUUAGGGAGUGUAAUUAUAUCUGAAAAUCAGAGCAAUUCUCCGCGAUCCGACCGAAGUGAAAGGUCACCUUAUUCCGAUUAAUGAAAUGAAUAGAUUAAACAAGAUUUUGGAAACACAACAAUUAUUUAAAAUAUCGCCGAAGUGAGGUGUGGUGGAAAAUUAUAGUUGGUGGACAUCUCGUUCACCAAUGUCACUCAUCCCGCAGAUGCGCAUAGUAGCCUCUAGGCUACAAUCUCGUUGUCAUUCUCGUUUGAUUACAGUUAUGAUAAUGUAGCAGUAGAUCCCGAUUUCUUUUUUGUAAGUGUCUUUUUGCAUCUCGGUGUUUUGGAAUACGGUCGCGCAACUCGAUAGUUAAGUACCCAAGUAUCAUUAUGUCAUUAUUCACCGUGCUUGUUACCAUUGAUGGUUUCACGUGUUUCAAGUGUUGUAAAGAAAAACAAAAGAAAAACAAACAGAAAGAAAAAAGAUUUUGUUAAUAAUCGUCGUGUAGAUUCUCAAAGAAACAUAGAGCUCCCCAUUCUGGAUGUUUUCGCCCCGGUUAUCUAUCUCGACGCCCAUUUACAUACGUGUUACAUAAAGCUAAUCACCACUGUAAGCAAACACAGUGUGAUUUUUUUUUGUUCACCAGACUUUACAUUUGCCAUUUGAAUCACAUUUUCGACUUUUUAAAAAUUAUUUAUUAUUCGUAAAUGUUUUUCGCUUCGUCCUUUCACAUAAUCCUUGAUGUGUAACGCGUUAAAUGAAUCGCUGGCGUGUAUAUUAUACCGUGUCCGAUUAAAAUUAUUACAAUGCGGGAGCGUGUCAAACGUCAGAGGCAGCCCUUCGCUCGUGUGACCAUCACCCCCCCCCCCCCUUCUCCCUCCGUUCUCUCUGUGUAAAUAGCCACCGCCGCUCGGUAAUCUCUCUCUUACCCUAAAUCUAUUUCUUUGUGUCACCAUGACAUCUAGUUGUAAAUGCAAGUAUGCAAAGUGAAACCUUUGCAAAUGCUAAUUGACCGACGGAGACAUCGCCGGCCGACGACAGCAUCACGUCCACUCAGAACACACUUCACAAACACCCACGCACGGAAGAAAAUUUAAAAAAUAAAUAAAUAAAUUUCAACAUGGAUGGCACAUUUUCAAAUUUUUCCCGCUUCAGGAUUUAAAUGAGUCGUUCUAUCCCGCAAACUGUG